AUGAGUUUCCUCAACCUCAAAGCCAAAGCCGAAAAAGCAGCCUCUCACAUCGGCCUCAGCAGAACCAAAAGUCUCCACAUGAAAAACCCCUUCACCAACCCCCGCCGCCUCGACGCCGCCAUUAUCGCUCCACGCACCCCCCUCAGCGACUCCGAAGACGAUUUCCCCUCGGCCCGCACAACCCGCCGCACCACCCUCUUCUCAACACCCAGCCGACGCGUCUCUCCUCACGCCUCGUCCCGCGAAGACCGCUUCUGGGAAGCAGACCACCACUUCCGCGAGCAGGAAAAGUCAGAAGUGUAUUCUGAUUUCCAGGCCUUGAAUCCUGAGAACGUGAGGGUUGAGAGGUUGAAACCGGCGCAGGAGCGUGAGUUUAAGAGGGUUAAGGCGGAACAGGCGAGGAGGGAACGGGAUGCGGUGAGGGCGAGAGCGAGGGCGCAGAGGGAGUUUUUGGAGGAGCAGAUGAGGUUUGUGGAGGCUUGUGAGGAGGAGGAGGAGGGGGUGUGA